UGGCCCCAGGCGGGGUGCUACAGAGGUUGGGGACGUUUCCUGUUCUGGGGAGCCUCGUCCCCGCCUCCAGCCUCCGCCCCCAGGGCGGGCCCUGACCCUGAGCUUCGCAGCACUUUCUGCUGAGACCUUCCGCGCGCUGAGGCCCAGGCUCCCUAACCCCUGCUUCAUCCAUCCUGGCAAUGGCCCUGUUGGUCACUGUGGUAUCCAGUUCCCGUGCCCGGCUCUUUGCUUGCAUUCCAAGACUGGGCUUUCAGCAGGCUGGACCCCUCCAGCUACACACAGGGGCAAGCUGCACUGCCAAGAACUACUAUGAGGUGCUGGUUCUGGGUGGGGGCAGUGGGGGGAUUACCAUGGCCUCCCGCAUGAAGAGUAAGGUGGGAGCAGAGAAUGUGGCCAUUGUUGAACCCAGUGAGAGACACUUUUACCAGCCAAUCUGGACACUAGUGGGUGCAGGUGCCAAACAGUUGUCCUCAUCUGGUCGUCCAACAGCAAGUGUGAUUCCAUCUGGUAUAGAGUGGAUCCAAGCUCGAGUGACGGAGCUGAGCCCAGAUAAGAACUGCAUCUAUAUUGACAAUGGCAAGCAGAUCUCCUACAAAUAUCUUAUCAUCGCUCUUGGAAUCCAGCUGGACUAUCAUAAGAUUAAGGGACUACCUGAAGGGUUUGAUUAUCCCAAAAUAGGGUCCAAUUAUUCAGUUAAGACGGUAGAAAAGACAUGGAAAGCUCUGCAGGACUUCAAAGAGGGAAAUGCCAUUUUUACCUUCCCAAACACUCCGGUGAAGUGUGCUGGAGCUCCACAGAAGAUCAUGUAUCUCUCAGAAGCCUACUUCAGGAAGACUGGAAAGAGAUCCAAGGCCAAUAUUAUUUUCAACACUUCUCUUGGAGCAAUUUUUGGGGUUAAGAAGUAUGCAGAUGCCUUGCAAGAGAUCAUCCAGGAGAGAAACCUCACUGUUAACUACAAGCAAAACCUCAUUGAAGUCAGAGCUGAUAAACAGGAAGCUGUUUUUGAGAAUCUCGACAAGCCUGGAGAGACUCAAGUGAUUUCAUAUGAAAUGCUUCAUGUCACGCCACCUAUGAGCUCACCGGAUGUCCUCAAAAUGAGUCCUGUGUCUGAUGCUGCUGGCUGGGUGGAUGUGGAUAAAGAAACUCUACAGCACAAGAAAUACCCAAAUGUGUUUGGGAUUGGGGACUGUACCAAUCUUCCCACAUCGAAGACUGCUGCUGCAGUAGCUGCCCAGUCUGGAAUACUUGAUAGAACAAUUUCUCUGAUUAUGAAGAAUCAAACGCCCAGGAAGAAGUAUGACGGCUACACUUCCUGUCCAUUGGUGACCAGCUAUAACCGUGUGAUCCUUGCGGAGUUUGACUACAAAGGUCAGCCUUUAGAAACCUUCCCCUUCAAUCAAGGCAAGGAACGACUUUCCAUGUACUUCAUGAAAGCUGACCUGAUGCCUUUCCUGUACUGGAAUGUGAUGCUAAGGGGCUACUGGGGAGGACCAGCCUUUCUGCGGAAGUUGUUUCAUCUGGGUAUGAGUUAAAGGAGGGGGUCCUUGCUCUCCAUGGAUGACUUCUGGAUCAAAACCACAGUUACUGAUUAAGAAGGAUAUGAAAGCCUCAGAACCUCAUGCUACAAAGAAGUUUCUCCAGAUACGGUGGUAAAUGUUUUACUACCUUGAAUAGCUACCAUGUGGACAAUCCAGGAUAGGCUUAAUUCUUUGGAAAUAUCCAAAUGAAACAGUAGACUUCUAUUCUCUAAAUAAAAGUUUGUGAUUGAUCUCUGUGAUGAAAUAAAUUCCAUGUUGAGUAGUAGGAAUGGAAUGUUGUAGCCCUUGGUACCAAAGACUGGUGAUGGUAGAAUAGUUUACUCAUUAUCUUCUAUGAAUUCAACUUAGAGCUGGCAUAAUUUUUCGGAGAUUAUUUGAGACAAAGAAAAGAAUCAUUCCAGGGAAGAUUUAUUUGUGGCAGCCCUAUGUUCUUCUGCUUAAAACUCCUGUUGCAGGACACAUCACAGAAAUCUGAAAGCCCAGUUGACUCCCUUUGGACUCCUCUGCUCUCUUUAUGCUAAAUCUAUGUUUAUUUUCCAGCCAGUGACUGACACUGUAGAGUACUAGUGUCCACACAUUCCUGGGGACAUGAGACUACACUCUUUGGUAGUUUUAACUCUGGGAAUCCCAGGCUGAAACAGGCAUUUCUACCCUAUUCUUACUCCUUCUUCUCUUCAUUAUGGGCUCUAUUUGCAUUGUGGCUGAAGGCCAGCCCUACCUUCUAUUCCUUCUCUUAUCUUUCAAGGCAUUUCCCUCACUAAAUCACUUGUUAACCUAUUUCUUUCCUUGCACCUGUUUCUCAGAGAGUUUACCCACCAUAAUGUUGGGUUUGAAAAAUCCCAAUAGUUGUGGCAAGCAUUGGCUCAGUUCUGUCCCAGCUUUGGCCCACACUUACUGGAAACAUUGCAAGAAGCAGUUCCCAGUUAUUUGUAGUUCAGCAGUGGUUUCAAAAUAAUUUUCUUCCAAUAAGUUGAUUGUAGAAAUGUAGUGUUAGUCAGCCUAGCAUUUUAAAGCCAUGCACAUUUCAUGUUUAUAAAUGCCUUAGAUUUUUUAUAACACUUUAGAAUUCAAACCCUCUUAUGUGUUACUAAAUUUCUCUGGGUUCCUGGAGUUCUCUGAUGGCUUUAGAGACUCUCUUCAGACAUUUAUUCAUUCAACAAGUAUUUACUUGCCAAGUUCUGUUUUCAGCCCUGGAAUGCAGUCAUGAACCAUGCAGACAAGGCCUCUGUCCACACCUUCCUACCCUCUUGACAAUUUACUCUUCUUUUUGAGGAAUCCCAAGGGGCUUGCUGAGUGAGGCUUGGGAGGAGACUUUCUUCAGUACACAUAUCCUAGGGGAGAUCAAGAUACCACCCUAAAAGCAGGCCCUAACCUGGUGGUAAGGAUGAGAUACUUUCUCAGAGUGACCACAUAUUGAUUUUCCAGUGACAUUCUUUUUUAACACCUGAUGUCUUGGUCCAGCUAUCAGUAGCAACCCUUCUCACUCUUCAAAAUGUCCCUGUUUGGACAAUAGCCUAUGACCACUCCAGUGGUGACACUCCCUUACUGUGUUCCCAGAAUGAGGAAGCAGUGCUACUAGUGGUGCUCCUGUUGGGCUGGCCACUUGCUUUGCCCUCACAUGGUGCUCAUCAAACAAGAGGGGAGGGAAUAUUCUGCCAUGCUCUGAGUUUCAGACAAAGAAACCCUGUAGCCUUUCGGAAUUCCCUGGUUUCCUCUUAGUGAACUACUCUCUCACCAAUUGGGAGUUCACCCUAGAUGAUCCUCCUCUUCAGGGUCCAGGAAGACUUGGAAAUAAUCCAGAAAGGACUCUCCUUGGAUAUGAGAAAUUCUAGAAAUUUUGGCUUCUGAAUUUUUAGAGAAUGGGGUAUGACUCUUGUAAGUUGCUGAGACUCUGGGUAGAGUAAAUUUGAAAUCAUUUGCAGUUAACCCAGUCUUCUUGGGUUUGCUUUUGAUAAUGCAUAUGCAUAAAAUGAAGCAUCCUGGAAUUGCUUCACAGAUCACAUUAUGUUGAGCAGAACUUCUUGCCACAGCUGGAGAACACUGACUAUUGUUCAGUAUUCUUGUCUCCAGCUUCCACUUCUCUGGGCUAGAGAAGGUAAAAAUUAUGUUAAAUUCCAGAUGCACUUAACCUUUGAAACCUCACCUUAUCCAAAAGUGUGAGGGUGACCAAGGGAAAGGAUGUGAGAUUACCUGUAAGUUAGUAGCAGGCAGCAGGAAGAGGAGGCAAGACCUGGCUUGGAGUAAGGGCAGUCUUCAAGGACAGAGCCUCCAGGUGGUGUUGAAUCAUAAGUUCUUUCUAGUAGAGGUGACCAUACUUGGGCACAUGCCUUCAUGGUACAGAAGUGACACAGGGCUGCACCUGCCAACUUGGGGAACCCCCUUAAAUCUUUCACCCCUUGUUUCCAGAGCUUUUUACAUCUCACUUUCUGCUUUGGCCUCAGCCCUAGGUAAGUUGUGGGUGUAAUAACAGAGCUGAAGUCACAGUUUAGUGAGCACUGGGGUACAAGGAGGGUAUCUAGACUUAAGUCAUCAGAGGAUGUCCAGGGCUUGAGAUUUAGUGGACGUUUUUGUUAUUAACACUUAAAUUUUCUCUCAUACUUAAGUUUUGUACAAAAUAUAAAAAAAUAGAGAUAAGACGAAUAAAAGUGACCACCAUAGCCAAUAUCAAAUAAUGAAAAGGUAACAGGUUUAUGUCUUUUUAAGCCUACUAUUUCAUACAAAGUUCUUGAGCAAAAAGUAGGAUCAUAUUGUAAAUACUGUUUUAUGGCCUGUGAUUUAUACUCAAAUGCAUUGAGGGCCACAUGUUGGUUGUACAGAAGAAGCAGUCAUGCAAGGAACAAAGGGCAUGUGUAGUGGCUGGGAAAAUUGCUAAUUUAUGAACCAAAUGAAUGUUUGCCAUGUACCUAGAACAUUUGUAGAGUGGGCACUGGGUAUUUUUCUCACAUAAUCCUUACAGUGCUGUGAAUUAAAUUAUUAAAGAUAUGGAAUGUUCUUCUUCAGGAAGGUGGCUUUUGUUAUACAGCAUUGGUUAUCUGAUUAAAAAUGCAUUGAGUAA